CUUGGGAAGUUGUGUAAAAUCAGUAAGAGAUAUACUCGAGGUCCACAGGGAAUCUCUUUAAUCGGUGGAAAAUCAUUUGUGACCGCCUCUGGAUUCUCUUUCAUAUGGCAGAAUGUCAACAUGGAUAUUACUGCUCGCUGUGGGUGCGUCGGCUCGUUUUGGAAUGUCCUGGGGUCAGCGCUCCGAACCCAUGUUUGCCUCCGUAACUCAGAGUAUUUUCCCACCCGACUACGAGCACAACCCCACACAGCUGAACUAUGGCGUGGCUGUGACUGAUGUGGAUGGAGACGGUGAUCUGGAGAUGUUUGUAUCGGGAUACAAUGGGCCAAACCUGGUGCUGAAAUACGACAAGGUUAAGAAGAGGCUUGUUAACAUUGCACUUGACAACCGCAGUUCUCCAUACUACGCGCUCCGAGAUCGACAGGGCAACGCUAUCGGGGUGACAGCAUGUGACAUAGAUGGUGACGGAAGGGAGGAAAUUUACGUCCUCAACACUAAUAAUGCCUUCUCGGGGAGAGCCACAUACACUGAUAAGCUCUUCAAGUUUCGAAACGGCCGGUUUGAGGAUCUCCUGAACGAUGAGAUAAAUGAACACAGAGAUGUUGCUAACCGUGUGUCCGGACGAUCAGUGGCGUGUGUGGACAGAAAGGGAACGGGACGUUAUUCUAUCUACAUCGCCAAUUACGCCAGUGGGACCGUCGGUCCGCAUGCUCUGAUCGAAAUGGAUGAAAGUUCCAGCGACCCGUCCAGAGGAAUCAUUGCGCUGUCAAAUGUGGCCGAACAAGCCGGUGUGAACAAGUUCACAGGGGGACGGGGGGUCGUGGUGGGUCCCAUCGUCAGUCAGUACCUGCCUGAUAUAUUCUGCGACAACGAGUACGGGCCCAACUUCUUGUUCCGCAACAACGGAGACGGUACGUUUACGGACGUGGCGGUACAGGCAGGAGUAGACGACCCGAUGCAACAUGGCCGUGGGGUGACGUUAGCAGAUUUCAACCGGGAUGGGAAGAUGGAUGUCGUCUACGGAAACUGGAAUGGGCCGCAUCGCCUGUUCCUGCAGCUCGGCAACCAUCGCAAGCAAAGGUUCAAGGACAUCGCCUCACAGAAGUUUUCCAUGCCAUCUCCUGUUCGUACAGUCAUCGCAGCCGACUUCGACAAUGAUAAUGAAAUGGAGGUCUUUUUCAACAACAUUGCUUACAGAGGACCGUCAGCCAACAGACUCUUCCGAAUUUCACGAAGAGAACACGGAGAUCCACAGAUCGAGGAGCUGAACGUCGGGGAGGCCGCAGAACCGGAGGGACGAGGAACCGGAGCGGCUGUGAUUGAUUAUGAUGGAGACGGACAGCUGGAUUUGUUGGUGACACAUGGAGAAAGUGCAGCUCAGCCAAUCUCGGUGUACAGAGUCACGCAGGGCUCAUCUAACAAAUGGCUCCGUGUGAUUCCACGCACACAGUUCGGGGCUUUUGCUCGUGGCGCCAAAGUGAUCGUUUACACCAAAAGAAAUGGCCCCCACACACGCAUCAUAGAUGGAGGGUCCGGGUACUUGUGUGAAAUGGAGCCGGUGGCUCACUUUGGACUAGGGAAAGAUGUGGCCACCAGUAUGGAGGUGUUCUGGCCAGACGGACGAUCCGUGGCCAGGCCGCUGGAACCCGGCGACAUGAACAAAGUUAUGGAGAUCCAUUACCCUGAACAUGAGGAGGAAGUGACCCCGGCUGCUGAGAUUGAGUGUGGACCAGGAUUUGAAGUCAAUGAAAAUGGCCGUUGCACAGAUCGAGACGAGUGCACACAGUUUCCGUCCGUCUGUCCCCACGAGCGACCCGUCUGCACAAACACCUACGGGAGCUUCAAGUGCCGUGCAAACAAGAGGUGUAACCAGGGAUACGAGCCUAAUGAUGAGGGUACAGCAUGUGUAGCUCAGGUGGCUUAUUUUGGAGAAAAAAGAUCUUCAUCCUCUUCCAAACUCUGGUCUUUCUGUCCUCUUGUACUAACUGUACUCACCGUCUUCAUCGCAUGCUUGUGGGCAUGAAGGGCCGGGAGUCUCUCCGCUCCUGACAUCUCUGUCACCCUGAUUGUUCUCUGUUUCUCCAAGAUCCUAUCUGUCUCACACUGAGGGCUUUGGAAGAUGGUUGUUAAAUGAACUUUCUAUGAACAUUUCACUUUUCCUGUCGUUUCUGCAAUAUCUCAUUUAUAAUCAUGAUCAACAAGAGACUCGAUGCUUAGCUUUCCUGUUGGGAGCCACAAAAGAUCUCUGUUGUUAGGAAAAAACAGCUAGAAUGAAAGAAACCUCUGAUGAAAUAUAAAGCAGUCCUGGUUUUCAUCAUAUUCGUCAACUGUGAUUUGAGAUGAGAUUGUAAUUUGUAUGAUCUUCAUAAAAGGCCUUCUCUCAGCGUGUCACAUGGGCGUAAACAAAUGGUCACGGGUUCAAUUGAGUUCUAGUGCAUUCAGACCCGUAUCACAUCUUGCCAGGAAGCAGCGUGUUAGCAGGUUUUUCAGGAGAGCAUAUGCCCGGCCAUCUGUUUCAUGCAAGGUUACAUUCCUUUAGCGAGAAUAAUACGUUCACAAAAGAUUCAUUCAGCACAGUUUUGACCCUCAAUACUCGUGACUGCUAACGGGAUCAGUGCAUGUUUUUGGCAUGGAUGAUUGCUUACAUGCCAAAAUUGUAGUCGGAGUUUCGCACAAUGUUGAACCAGUGAAGGAAUUUGAACCAUUUGGAUUUCUUUAAAUGUGACAUUAUUUUAAAGACAAUCACAGUAUGAUUAUUUCCACAAUGCCCAAAUAAUAAUAAUCAUGAUAUUUGAAGGGUUUAUUUGCAAAAACAAAUAACUCGGUUUUUAAAACCUUUCCAAAAAUCAUGUUUUUUUAUUAUGUUUUGUUUUUGUGUUAGUUGGCUGUAUUUUUGAGCUAUUACUUAAAGGUCCACCGUAUGAAAUCUAGCAGCAUCUAGUGGUGAGGUAGUGAAUUGCUCACUCCACUGCUCACCCCUCCCUUUUGAAGCACUACGGUGGCUGACACGGGGCUAAGGUUUUUGCUUCUUUGCCGAAGGCGAUUACGUAUUUACGAAAACACGCUCUGUAGAGCAGUUUUUCCGUUUAGGGCUACUGUAGAAACAACAUGGCGAAUUCCAGUGUACGUAGAUAGAAAUAGCUCAUUCCAAGGUAAUAAAAACAUAACGCUUCAUUAUGUAAGGACUUUAUACACCUCUCAAGACAAAGUUAUAUGUUUUUGCAAAUUAACUUUUCAUUUAUAUUUCAUUGUUGUACUGCCUUUAAUUAUAGCUAAUUUAUUAUCAUUUUGGAAUAUAACCAUGACAAAUUAACAUGGGAUUUACACUACAAUAUAAAAAAACGUUUUAAUCAUAGUUAAGCAUAAUAUUAUAAUAUUUGAUAUGUUUUUUAAAGUCUUUUGAAGCAGGUUUGUGUGAAGAGAAGACCAAAUUUUAAGGUUAUAUUUAUUUUAUACAAAUGGUUUUGGUUUUCCCCUAUACAUAUUUAUUUAUAUAUAUUUAUUAUAUUUUGUGAGUUUUACAUCCCAAACCAGUUUGGGUGAUAACGCAGAUAUAAAAUAAUAAGAGAAUAUUUGCCAAAGUCUAAUGAGCCAUACAUGUGGGUCUGUGAAUUAAACAUUUAACAUGAUAUGCAAGCUUCAUACCUACUGUACCUGUUAGCGUUUAUCAACCGAAUGACAUCAUCUGAUGAAAGAUGCGAUAGACAGAUGUCAUCAUCACUGUUGACUUAAAAUCUGCGCACUCUUUAAACAAUGAAUGCCAUCAUAUCUCAAGAAAGUGCUUUUGAACAUUCACAUCACUAUGAUGAUUGGAAUCCACUCUGGUUUGUGAUGAUGUUAGAUAACCUUUGAGCUGACUCGUGAUGUCUGCAUUGCAGGGCAGAACAGAUUCUCUGUGUUUUAUUAAGCUUCAUUUAUUAUUUUCCGUGUUGUGGCUCAAGAAAACAAAGACUAAAUGCGACGACCGCUUCAGGAAAAAUCUCACAAGAGUUGACAGAUGUCACCUACAAUUAUCAUUUCAAAAGAACAUAGUUGUGUUCAAAGCAGCUUACGGUUCUUCGGUGUCGUGGUUGUAAGGAGACCAAAGGCACGUACAAAUUCUCAAUAAAUGCAUGUCAUGUAAAAGGGUUGUCAAACAAUGAUCUGUUGUCAUAUUUUCUGCUUUAACAAUUUGUAAUGAAAAUACCAGCAUGGGUUUUUCGUACUGGUCCAGACUGCCCUGAUAGAUCAGUUUAAGACCGACUUGUCCUUAGUUGGUCUGGUUUUACAGAGGUUUUGGGUACUGAAAGACGGCUUGAAGACUUGAUGUGUGGGCGAUGGAUUUGUGUGCACUUUCACAAAAUCUGUAACAGUAAGAGAAUAGAUGAGAAUGGUGACAUUUAAUUCAACCGUUCAGUUUUUUUUUUAUGAAAAUUUGUUCAUUUUUGGCCGAAUUCACUGUAAUUUCAGAUCCAUAUAUGUAAAAUAAAGUCAAGACGUUUUUCUGUGUUGGUUUUCAUUUUGUUUAAUUGAAACAUUAAAGCUUCAUUUUUCUGUCCCUCGCAAAACUUUCCAUCUCGAGUCUAAACAAAAAAAGCAUGAACCAAGAAUUUUUCAUGUUUAUUCAGUGCUAAGUGACCCGCAAAAACCUUCAAGCCAAACACAAAAAACUUCACCAGGUAAAUAACAUUUUGGGUGUGUAUCUCAGCUGCUGGGCACACAGCUAACCCGAGGCUGUUAGAUCGUUGUCUCCGCUGGGGAUUCAGAGAGGUUUUCAAGACAUAUUUCAGAUAUUUAAACUUAGUCAGAAAAGUUAGUCCAAGAGAUGAAGAGAGAUAGAGGGAGAGACACCAAGAGAAAAUAAAAAGUGAAGCAAGAUCAGAUCUUGGAGAGGAAAGCAGUCUCAGUCUGCUGAGGUGCGAGGUCUCUUGUGUUUGUUGUCUUUAAAUGCAACGUUAGAUUCCUGAGGCAGGGUCGGUGUUCAAAACAGGUGCUGGGGUGUUCUAGGGUAUGCCAGCCAACACUCGUGGUUCAGUACUAGCCUAUGUGACGCCCACAGCACUGACACACCUGUUUACAGGUUUCUUUCUAUACAGCCAAGACAGUAUUUAGACAAUACAAUGAAAUUCUCCUACUCGGGUAAAAACAAUUUAGUUUCAUAUUUUUGGAACGAAGAAUGAUCUAACUACCACAAAUGCAUAAAUGAAUAUAACUGAAUGGUGACAUUCUCUCUUUUAGCAUCUGUGGAAAGUCCUGAACCGUUUCUGCUGUUUGAUCAAGCCGUGAGACAAUUCCAAACAUUUGCUUCUGUACUCUGAAGAAAACUAAACCACUCAAAGUAAUUAAUGUUGAAAUGACAUUUGGUUUUCAUAUACAUUUAUUCAUUUACCAGCUUUUUCCCAAAGUGACUUACAAAUGAGGAAUGCUACAACAUAAGCGAUUUUCUUCUGAGACGGUCACAUGUGCCAAGACACAAAACUGCACCGAAGGUUGAGCCAGAAUGGAGAUAUGUAAUAAUAUUAGCCGUAGACUUUAUUUUAAUAGUAAAUGUGGCAAUGAAUAGUUUUCAUACAAUUCACAAUCAUUCAUUAUGGAUGCUUUGAUUGACCAAUCAGCAUCAGUGUUGUACCUAUAUAAUGCAGCUGUGAUCAUUUUCUCUCUCACCCCUGCCUAUAAUCUGCUAUGAUCCUUUUAACUCAAGUCAACAUUUUAUUUGCAUUUAGUUGUUUAUUUGGUACCUGCGUUAUAUUCCUUUAAAAUUUAUGUCUAUAGCGUUUUUUCACAAUUUUGCAUUGUUGCAAAGCAGCGUUACAGUAAAUACUUAUUAGUAGAGACAUAAUAAAAAAGUAUGCAUAGAAGGAAAAAAAAAAAAAAAAACAGGAAAAUUAUAAAAUAUGGAGAAUACAUGGGGAUAAUGUGCAAUCAACUGGUCAAUUAUGCAAAACCGCAUUGUAUGUUAUUCUAGUCCUACACUGUAAAACUUUGCUGUAAUUUCGCAGCAGGUUUGCCAGUAAUUUACUGAUGAUUGGUGAGACAUGAAACCUGAUCACAAAUCAUACAUUAAUUUCCUUUUUAUUUUAGGAUUUCCACAUUCCUCUAUUAAUGUGGUGCCAUUACAUUCAGAAUUACAUGCCUGAAUAAUACAAUCUGGCUGUAUGAUAGGCCUACUAGAGCAAGGGGUUUCAUAUCUUUUAUGUAGAUCUGUAUUUGUAACUCCAAUCUUCGUGGAGAGUCAUACCAGAAAAGAUAUCUGAUGAGUUUGUGGUGAUGUAAAAGCAGGAUUCAUAGCCUGUUUCAAAAUAUAUCAUUGAUCUCCUGGCUUAAUUCAGUUAUCUCUGGCUGUUCGAAGUCUGACGCAGUAGCCUGAUAAACUAUUGAUGGGGUUGAGAACGCAUGCCCAGUACUCAGCUGUUGAAGAGAAAAGGGAUUAAAAUGUGCUGAAAGUAUCUCUUACAGAUGAAAGAAUAAUUCUGGUUGGGAGGUGUGAAUAUUUACUAUCAGCACACUGAAUGUGGUGUUUGCUGUCAUUGGCUGUGGCUGUGUAAGCGUCCAAAUUGGAAUGUCUCAUUUACAAAGAACAAAGUAAUAUGGGAGACUUGGUUGAUUUAUUUAUUAGGGCAAAUAUUACACACAUGGGUUGAUUUAAAUCUGGUUAGUAAUAAUAUGUUUUUGACAUUCUUAAUAAAUACACACCAGAUAAUUCCUGCUGACUAGAAUUUCAAUUGACAUUUAAGGAUGCAGUAUGGCAAAUUUACCAAAUUGUAUCCUUUACGUAUCCUUAGAUUCAUAUUCUUUUCUUCUUUAUCUAAACCCACGCCGUACUUUUAUUUUGUCUGAAUGGAGCUCUUUUUCAUUUUUGGAGCUUUAUCAUAGAUUCAUAAUUGUCAUAUAUAGGAGUACUGUCCCUUCAAGCAGCAUCUUUAAAGACUUUACUGCAUUUUUUUCUUGACCUCAGUGUGUGGCCAUCUAAUUACUUUUGAACGCAAAGGAAUGAGUCAAAGGCAUUGAACGGGUCAACAUUUUCCUCAGAUCAUCAACAGCAUGCCGUAACCUUGAACUGAAGCUUUCAUAACAUUGCUAAAUAUUUCUGACAACAGAGAUUAUUGCAACAGCACAUAUUUAUCCUGUGUGCGCAAGAUGUUGUUUUGUAUCUACAACAGACACAACAAAAUCGGCGUUAACCCCUGAGGUUACGUACCAUUAGCCAAAACCAACAUAGCCCGCUCUUGAGAGGAGCAUACAGCGUAAUGUUUGUAGAAACUAAAUACAAAACCAAGGAGGCUGUAUUUUAGUCAUACGGUUUUUGUUAAACUGUCUUAUGAAACCUUUGCAGCUGAAUGGAUAAAUAAUAAAUGAACUCUGUCAUGAGGUGUGAACGGAGAGAUGCUGGCAUGUCUUGAUCGAAACAGUGAAGAAAUCUUGUACACGUUUGCAAUAAAACUGGAAACCUAAGCCGUUCAUAUGUCUCCAACAGUCACACAGGUUUUUAUAUUUACAUUUAGGUGAUGCUUUUAUUCAAAGCAAAGUACAAGAGUGAGGAAAACAAUAAAGCGAUUCAUCAUACGUUAGGUUUUUAAUGGAUUGUACAUAGAGAUUUCACGUUUUAUUUAUGCCAUAUGGAGAUAUGCCCUUCAAAUUUAUAUAAUAUGAUUGAGACAACAAUCAAAUUAUUUACGUUUGGUGACCCCUGAGAGCUUUGGCAAUCCCGGGCAGGGAUUGGUUGGGAAACCCUGUAUUAAACAAUGCAGUCCAAGUCUCCCCGCUUGAGUCUUGUUUACUUCCAAGGUUUUAUCCUCAUGCUACCCAAAACCAUAGGGAGUUUUUCCUCACCACAUGCACUUUUCCUCGCUACUGGCUGAAUAUUCAAGCUCUAUUUUCUUUUAAGCUCAGUUAAAACAACAUGUGUUAUGAAAUGGGCUUCACAAAUAAAUCUGAAUUGAAUAUACAAAUGAGCUUAAGGGAAUGUUCUGGGUUCAGUACAAACAAACAAAAAUCAUGUUUACAGUAAUGCGCCGACAAUGGAGGUCUAUGAGUCAAGGCAUUCAGGAGAGUUUAAAGGCCAAAAUGGAAAGCUUAUAUUUUUGUUGAUUUGCUCAUAUUUAUUCUUCCUUACCAAAAUGUGUGUGUGUUACUUGAGCUUAAAAGUUGUAUAAAUCGUCUUUCAACGGUAGAACUACUGUUUACUAUUGAACGUCUGGUUAUGUGUUUGCGACGUAAUUCCUGUGGGUGAUUUUUUUUGCCGUGUAAACAGUACUUUACUGAUAGUUUUGUAACGGCCCUUUAUAGUAUUUUCGAACGGUAUAUGCAAAAGUUUAAGGUCUUUCAAUUUCAAGACAUGGCACAAUAUUUGUCGGUGUCAUAUUUAUCAUGUCAACAAAUAUACAUA